AUGGAAAAUAAUAUAAAAAUUAGAAAAUUUAUGAAAAAGAACAAAAAGAAUAAAAAAAAUAAACUUGAUGAAGAAUUUAUUGAAAUAAUAAUUUAUAAUAUUUUGUCUAUGAUAAUUGUUAAUAUUGAAUUAAAUAAUAAGUAUGCAAAUAAUAAAAUCAUUGAUUCAAUUAUUUUAAAAAAUAUCGAUUUUAUUAUAAACAAUAUUUUUAUAUUAUCUUUUGAAAACAUUCAAAGAUUAUUAUUUAUAAUUGAUUUAAUUUUAAAUAAUGAGGGAGUAUAUUAUAAAUUUAACAAAAAUGAAGAUAACAAUUUAAAUAGUAAUAAGUUUAAAAUGAAUAAGCAAAAAAAGAAAUAUACAGAAAUAAAAACGAAUGAAUUAUGUGCUAGUUUUGUUGAUAUUUAUAGUUUAAAUAAUUAUAUUAAUGAUAUUUUCAUAUACAUAGAAGAAAAAAAUAUAUAUUUAAGCAUAUUCAAUUUGGGUUAUAUAUUUAAAAAUAAUGAAGAUUAUCAAAAGUCUUUUUUGAAGAGAUAUAAAAAUUAUACUUUUAAAAAAUUUUUCGUUGAUAUUAUAAAAGUAUAUAACAAGACAAAUAAAAAUAUGAAUUUAUUUUUAAAAAAAAAAAAAUAUUUAAAUUUAUAUGAAUCACUAAUAAGUUAUCACAAAGAAAAUUUUAAUUUAUUAGACAAGGAUGAUAAAGAUGAAUUGUCAACUUUAAGUGAUUGCAUAAGCUCUUCCUCUACAGAUAAUCAUUCAAAUAUAACUUAUAUGAAAAUAAAUAAUAAUGAUAUAAAUUUUAUAAGAUCAACUAAAGGUGAAAAUAUUGUACCAUUUAAUAAUAAAGAUAAAAAUAAAAAGGAUAUUAUAAAAAACGUUGAAGAAUAUGUUGAAUAUAAUAUUAUUACUAAAGAAAAAAUUAAAAAGUUAUAUAAAUAUAAAAAAAAAAAAUUACGUUUGAUAAUAAAUAAUAAUUUCAUUAAUAAAUAUUCGUAUCUACCUAUUAAUUUAUUUCCAAAUAGUGACUUAAAUAUAGCUAAUAUAAAAUUUCAAGCUUUAUCAGUUAAUAUACUAAUAAAAAUACACCUAUUAUUUCUUUACACAAACAUUAUAUUAUUUUUUGAUUUAUUUAAUUCUUCUUUAUAUUUAUGGGUGUAUAAAUUCAUAUCAUUUCUUUUAAAUGUUCUAAACAAUUUCAAUGCUAAUUCAUAUUUUUAUUUAGAUAAUUCUCUUAUUUUGUCCCAUUUUAAUAAUGAUAAUUCCUUUAAAUUAAAUAAGAACACUUUGAAAAAUAAGUUCACAACAAAAAUAAAUAAUUUAGAUAACAAAAGAGCCUAUAUUUUAAAGAAUUUUUUAGAAAAAAGUUUAAAAGAAAAUAAUAAAAUAAAUAUUAAUUUUCCAAAUUAUAAUUAUGGAUCUAUAGAAAUUUAUGAAAAAAGCAAAAAAAAAAAAUCGAGAAAAUUAUAUUUUCAUCAAUUUGUUAAUAUUAAAAUAUUGAAAUAUUAUUCUAUUUUAUCUUUAUUAGAAAUUGAAAAUUUUUAUAAAGGUAUUUUAUCAUCCUUAUUAGGAGAUAUAUAUAAUGAAACAAUUUCUAACAUUUGCAAAUUUCAACGUAAAGAAAAUUAUUAUGAAGUUUAUUUAAUAAAUAAAAAUAAUGAAAAUUUUAAAAAUAAUAACUUAGAUUUAUUUAUUUUAAUUGAAGAAAUGAAAAAAAUAAGGUUACAUAAUAACAAUGAUGAUAUAGUUAUCAAAUCAUUGGAGUAUCUUUAUUUUUUUAUUUUAUUCAAUUACAUAAGUAUUUUGAUAGAGUUUUCUAUUAUUGACAAUUUACAUAUAAAAUAUGAUAACUUCUUAACAAUUUCAAAUUCUACAUUUAACAACAAAAGAAUUUCAGAUAUAAACUAUAUUCAAAAUAAUUUAAAUAUAACAGAAGAAAAAAAAAAUAACUCUAAAGAGAUAAAUGAAAUAAAAAAAAUAACAAACAAAAUAAAUAGUUUCAUAAAUGAAAAUCAUAUAAGAUUAGAAUUACAAGAAUUUAGAAAUAGUAAAUAUAUAUUAGAAGGAGUAAAAAAUUAUUAUUUUUACGGUAGUUUAAUCACACUACCUUUUUAUAUAAAUCGAAACACGUUAGAUUCUUUUUUUCAGAUAUACAACACAACAAACAACAUUACUGAUGACUCUAAAAAUUAUGUAAGUCAUGAUAACAACUACACUAAUGGAAAACAAAAAGAAGAAAGUCUAUUAAAAAUAUCCAUAUAUUGCAAAACUUUAUUAAGAGAUAAAUUAAGAAAUAUUUUAAAUAAUAACAUUGACUUAAUUUUUCAUUUCGGUUCUUAUUUAACAUAUUUUAUUAGUGAUUUCAUUAUUUUAUUAAAAAAAUAUAAUUAUUUUUUAUAUUCUAAUAGCUAUAAUUUUUUGUUAUGUUUAAAUUAUUUAUAUAUUUUAUAUGAAGACUUAGAUAAAGAGUUAAUUAAUGAAAUAUAUGAAAAAGUAUUACAUGCUAUUAAAAAUAGUUAUUAUACAAAUAUCAGUAAAAUAUUUAUAAUAUAUGUUUUUUCUUUUUUUUUAAACAAAAAAUAUAUUGUAAAUUUAUGUGAAAAGGAUAUAAAAGAAUUUUUUCCAAAUUUUUUAGAUUGUAAAGAUUUAGUUAUUAUAAAAUAUUAUUUUAUUUUAAAAUUAUUAAAAAAUAAAAAUAUAACAGUAAGUUUAUUAGAUAUUUAUAAAAAUUUAUAUAUAUAUUAUAACUAUGAAAUAAUAGAAAAUUCAUCAAAGAAUGUUUCUAUUAUAAGCAUCCUUAAUAAUGCUUCUAUUGAUAUAGUGAUUAAAAAAAAAAUAAAAACUUGUUAUAGAUGUAAUAAAGAAAAAAUAAGUAGUGAUUCUAGAAAAUAUCUUCAUUUAGAAAAAAAAUCAUCUAAAAAAGACACGGAAAUUCUUUAUAAUUGUAAGAGUGAUAAGUAUAAAAAAAAAUACUCUAAUAAUCUUAAAAAUAAUUAUAUUAUAGAACUUAAUGAUUUUUUAGAAUAUUUAUAUGGAAAGGAUAAAAAAAAAAAAGAGGUAUACAAAAAUAAGAAUAUAAUUUAUUCAUCAAUUUUAUUCGAAAAUGAAAAAAAACAAAAAAAUUUAUCUGAAAAAAAUUUAAAGUAUUUUAUUAAUAAUUUUAUUAAAAAGAAGAAAAAAAUUAUAAGUAAGAAUAAAUUAUAUUUUUAUGAUUUUAAUAGUAAUGAUAGUUUCUUAAAUUUAAACAAAAAUUCAUUUAAUUACUUAUUGAAAGACAAUUACAAAAAUAAAAAAGAUGAUAUUCUCUUUUCAUCUUCUACAAAAGAUAAAAUUCACAUAAAUAAUAAAGUUUUUUUAAUAUUUUCUUAUCAUUUAUUAAAAUUGCACAAAUUUAAUAAUUUAAAAAAUGAACUAAAAGUGAUAAUUGUUGAUACUUUAUUAAUUAAUAUGAAUGAAAUGAAUAUGAUUUUAUUUGUUUUGAAUUACUUGUAUACAAAAAAGGAAAUUAAAUUAUUCAGUUUUAUUCAAAAUGCUAUAUUAGAAUUCUUAGAAAAUUUAAAACCAAGAUGUAAAAUAAUGAAUUUUUUGGUUUUUUUAUUUUAUUUAGUUAAAAUAAAAUAUACUAAUGUCAAUUUUAUUACAAAAAUAUUAAAUAAUGUUUUGGAAAAAUAUAAAUUUUCAAUAAAAAUUUAUAUGAUUAUAAUUAAAAUUGUAAAAAGAAUAUUGCGAUAUCAUAAUAUUUAUAAUAAUUAUAUACAUAUGUUAGGUAUUUUAGAGAAUAUUAAAAAUAACAAAAAUUCAUAUUUAUAUAAAAUUAGUACUUAUUAUAGUAAUCUAAUUGAAAAUAAAAUAUCAUUUUUAGAAUGCAACAAAUUAAAAAAUAAAAAUACGCAUUCUUGUUAUAUUACUAAUAGCUCCUCAUUAAAUUCUAAAAAUUAUAUUAAAAAAGAAAUAAAUGAAUUAACAGAAGAAAUGAAAUGUAACGAAUUAAAAUUUAUUAAUAAAAAUAUAAAAUCAAAUUUUAUAAAGUUAGAAUUUUAUAAAUUAGAUAGAAAAAACAUGCUAGCAUUAAAUGAUAAUGGUUGUAGUAUUUUUUAUAUGCAAAAUUAUAGAGUAACUAAAAAAAAAAAUAAAAAAAUAAAUAAAAAUAAAAAGGAGUUAUUUUUAAAUAAAUAUUAUAAUGAUAGUAAUUUUAAUUCUAAAUUAUUUUAUAGUAUAUAUAAUGAUGAAUAUUAUGAUAUAAAAAAUUAUUAUAGUUACAUUGUUAAUAAUAAUCAUUAUAUAUAUUUUCCAUUCAUUUUGAAGUAUACAAAUGGUUCAUCAAAAAAAAAAAAAAAAAAAAAAAAAAUUAACAAUAAAAAAUUGUUUUUUCUAAAUAUCUACUUUGUUCAUAAGAUUGAUUUUAUUGAUAUACAUAAUGUAUAUAUUCCAUAUAUAGAAUUAAAUAAUAAUGAUUAUGACAAUUAUAGUAGUAGUAAUGAAUGCAAUAGAGGAAAAAAAAACGUGAUGAAUAUUAUGAAAACUGAAAAAAAUUGUGUUCAUAAUAACAAUAAAAAGGAAACAAUUAAUACCAUUUAUCUUAAUGAAACUGAUUAUUUUAGAAAUAAUAACAAUAGAAGAAAAUCAAAUUUUGAAUUUUCUAAGAACAUUAAAAAAGAAUAUUAUAAUAUAAAUACUGAUUGUAUAGAUGAAGAAUACAGUAGUAAUUUAAAUAAAAAUAUUGUAUGUAAGAUAAAGAAUGAUAUGAAGGUAAAAAGUCAAAAUUAUAGUAAACAUAUAGGUAGAAAAACAAAACUAUAUAUAUUUUUUAAAAGAAGUAAAAUUUUUACAUUAAAAAAUAGUAAAUUUUAUUUCGUUUCAUACAGCUAUUUAUUUUAUAUGAUGAAAGUUAAAAAUAUAAUUUAUAAUUAUAUCGAAAAUUUCAAAAGAAAAAGUAAUAAAAGAAAACAUAAUGAAUUAAAACCAGAUAAAAAAAUAGAAGUUAGUAGAAUAGACAAACAAGAAUAUAUAAGAAAUAAAAUAUGUAGUAAUAAUUUUUUAUUUUUAAAAAAAGACUUUAUUAAAAAAGAAAAUUAUAAAAUAUCAUACAAAUUAAAAAAGAACUUUUUUAAAAGAAUGAAAUACUAUAUAAAAAAAGAAGACGUUAAUAAAAAUUUUAAUUUAAAAAAAAAAAGAGAAAUUUUAUAUCAAUAUAAAUUAUUAAUUAAAGUAGAUGUAAAAUUAUUAAUUACAACAUAUUUUUAUGCAUAUGUAAUUUAUCUAAAUAAAAAAAAAAAAACUUUUAAAAGUUUCUUAGGAAAGUAUAAAAUUAAUUUUAAUGAUUUUUUUUUACCAUUUAAAGCCUCUUAUAAAUAUUGGAAAUAUAUUUUUGAAGAUUUAUGGAAUAAUAAAAUUUGUAAAAUGUAUAAGUCAGCUAAGUACCUAAAUUGUUUAUCACAUCAUAUUUUACAAGUAAUUAAUGAAAAACUACACCCUUUUAUAAUUAAUGAAAAUCCUAAUAUAAAAAAUGUGAAUAUUUUUAAUUCAUCUAAGUACAAUAUACAUACAGAAAAAAACUAUAACCUAAAUGAUAACUACUCUGCUUAUUAUAUUGAAAACAAUAGAAAAAAAAAAAAAAUAAACCAUGAAAUACUUGAUGAAUUUUUUAUUGAUAACUAUUCUCUUUAUUCAGAUGAUUCUGAUUCAAAUAAAUAUUCUAAAAAAAUAAUCCAUAAAGAAAGAGUGAAAAAAAAAAAAAAAAAAUUAUUUUUCAAAUGCUAUAAUCCAAAGAACUUAAAAGAAUUAUUUAAUUUGAUAAAAUGCUUUUAUAAUUGCUCUACUAGUGUAGACAAAGAAAAUAUAAUUAUUAAUAAUAUGAGAAAUGAAGAAUAUCUAUGUAGAAAAGAAAUGAAGUUAAUAAAUAAUACUAAAAAAAUGUGUUCUAUGAAAAUAUUAUAUAAUAAAGAAUAUUCUUUUAUCAACGAUAAAGCAGAUGGUAAAUUUUUUAUUAAUUAUAAGGAAAUUAUAAGAAAAAGAAUUAAAAACAAAAAAUAUAUUACACUGAAAAACUUAAAUAGAGAAAAGUACAAAUUAUUCAAAGAAAUAUAUCGAAAAAGGCUUCAUUUAACUUUAUAUAAAUAUUAUAAUUUAAUAAAAAGCGAGAAUAAAAAAGAAAAAAAGAAAAAAAUAGAUAAAAAUAGAUAUAAUAACAAGAGAAAUUAUAGUCCUAUUAAAAAGUUUAUAGGAAUAUUUUUACCACCAAGACAUCAUUUACUGUUAGUUUUUUAUAUAUACAAAAAAUCAACACUUGUCCAAAUACGCACAGAUAAUCUAAAUAUUUUAAAUUAUUUAAAUCCUUUUUUUGAUGAAUGUAAUAUUUAUAUAUACAUUAUAUUACUUCAUUAUAUAUGA